CAGUAUAUGCGCUUCAGUACACAUUCAGAAGCGAUAUGCGGCAGUAGCCUGACUAGAGUGUAACUAGUUGUGUUUUGAACGCCAGUUGAUUGAGAUCUUUGAAAUGACAGUGACAGUGAAGCUACUGACCACAAUCAUAUUCUGCCUCGUGGUUGAUGCGAAAGUUCAAAAUCACACAUGUGUUCCGUCCAGCUUCCGCGGUGUCUGCGUUUUGGAGUACAUCUUUUAUCACCCAAGCAACACUACUAGCCAUAUCUUUCCCACUGGAUAUCCGCUAAUCCGCGUUCAUAACAAUUGGUGGAUGCGCGGAGCGCGUUCCGUCAUAUCACAUUUCGAUGCAAAAUUGUACAACCAACUCGGACAACCAGCGGCUGUGGAAAUGAUAAGCGUAUACAUGAAUUCGUUAGAAAUACCCCAUUCGCUACAGCAGGCCAAUUUUGCUGAAAACGCCAUUGACCGAUUCACGAUCGAGGCAGGCACUGGAGAACCUUCUCUGAGCUCGCUAGAUCUGUCCAGCAACCACAUUUCCGACCUCGCAAAUAUUAGCAGUCUUACAAAUUUAGAAUUUCUCUACCUAGCAGCCAAUCAAAUCACAACGAUUGAUAAGCGCAUUUUAGAACCACUGAUCAAGCUCAAGUAUCUCAAUCUAAACAAUAACAAACUAGUGCAACUUUCACUGGGCGCAAUUCCACAGAGUUUAAUCUUCCUGUGGUUGUAUUACAAUGAGAUAAGCGUUAUAAGCUAUGACAGCCCAACAACGUUACAUUUCCUGGAAGUGUUCAACAUUGAAGGAAACGAACUGAAGACGCUCGAUGGUUCCGCAUUGAUCCAGGCUAUGCCACGGUUACGGAUUGUCAGUUUCGGUGACAACAAAUUGGAUCGCAACAGUGUUUCAGAGGCGAUCGACAUCCUCAAACGGUACAAUGUUAGCUUCUCUCCCGUUAACGAAGGCGAUAGCGUUAACUGCGAUAACCACAUCGAGCGCGUUUGCUUGAAUGAACAACUGAUGGAGAACAGUUGGCUCAAGGCGGCCCUUCUCAGUCUGCUAACGGUUGCCACUGGCAGUGCGUUCGUUUGGAUCGUGUGGCGAGUAUUCCUCGCAAUGAACAAGUAACCUGAAUUACACUGGUGAAGAACUAUUUCUAAGUUGUUCUUAUAAUACUUUCA